AUGGGCGUUGGUGCUAUUGAAGGCUGGCCUACAGAUCUGCCCUGGUGGGCUUUCCUUGUGGCGAUUGUGAUUGGAUUGGUAUUUAUCCUCCCUGUGGGUAUCGUUUUGGCAAUAUCAAAUCAAGAAGUGGGUCUGAAUAUGAUAUCAGAGUUGAUUAUCGGUUACAUGCUUCCUGGUCGACCUAUUGCGAUGAUGAUCUUCAAGACAACCAUGUACAUGAUUACCUAUCAAGGCCUGCAGUUCGUUCAAGACCAGAAGAUGGCGCAUUACAUGAAGAUUCCCCCUCGGGCUGUAUUUGCAACGUUAGUGGGCGGCGUCGUCCAGUUAGCGGUACAAUCGUGGGCAUUUAGCAACAUCGAAGAUAUUUGUACCGACGACCAGCCAGAGAAAUUUAACUGUGCCAGUAACAAAGUUUUUGGUACAGCUAGCAUUGUUUGGGGUCUGAUUGGUCCGGCGAAUAUGUUUAGUAUUGGCAAGAGGUACAACUCUCUCAUGUAUGGAUUCCUCGUUGGAGCCAUUGCUCCCGUCAUUGUUUGGCUCUUGGCUAAGAAAUUCCCUAAAGGCCGCUUCCACCUAAUCAAUUUGCCUGUUAUUUUUACAGGGACUGGUAAUAUCCCCCCUGCCACUGGUGUCAACUACUUGGCACCCAUUGCCGUCGGCUUCCUUACCCAAUAUGUUUGGAAACGGGCUCAUUUCAAGACCUGGUUCAAAUUCAACUACAUCCUGUCUGCUGUACUACAAGGUGCCUCGGCCAUUGCUGUGGUGUUCAUUUUCUUUGUUUUACAAUAUGUCCAUGGUUCAAAUGAUAAUGCACCUAACCAGAAAUUCUAUAAUGAGGGUUGGUGGGGCAAUACGGCGUGGCAGAACACGGCUGAUGCGGAAGGAACGCCUCUUUGGAAUUUACCAAACAAUGCGGCAUUUGAAGGUAAACCUAUCGAUAUUGGCAUGCCCUAUGUGCGCUGA